UUUCCUUAACGGAAUACAUCUGUUAAUCCUAGUGGUUCAGGCAGUACUUGUUAGUGGGUCUUAUCCUUAUUCGGGAGGACCUGAUGUUGCCGGAAGCGUUUUGUCAUACGUCCCUGAACAAACUGCGUUCCUGCGUUAUGAACCUCUCCCUCAAGGCUACGUUACAGAGAUUAUUUGCAACUUCGCCAAAGAUUACUCAGUGAAGUUUCAACUAUGGCAGGAAACUGGAAACCUGAACUUCAUGUUAAAAAAGCAAUGGUCAUUUAACCCCCCGUCAACAGGGAGACACGUGAUGACAAUAGAUUUGGCAGACAUCUACCAAAUUACAACCAAUGACAUCUACCUUGCCGUUUGGAACAAUAAUGCGAAUAACGUGGCCCCGGCAAAAGCAACUGUAGCUGGUGCUGCCACCUAUCGAACUUCACAUGGAGGGAGUCCAAUCGCAGUAAAUGAAUAUAGGGGUUUCUCCAAUGAUCUUCCUGCCCAGACUGAUAUAUGUGUAGGAAUAUCAUAUUACACGGGUAGUCUCGAUGAUUUGCUUAUUACAACAGUCCCUACAGCUACCAUCACAACUACCUCGUCUGAUCCAGUUAUCGCAACUGACCCAUCUGGGAAGGAACAUGG